AAUAUAAUUGCAUCUAAAUAUUCCCACUUCCUUGACCUUUCGCCCCUUUCAACCUCGUCCUCAGGUAUACUGAGUGCUAAGCCCCUGACGCCUCAACAAUAUGUGGCUGUGCAAAUUCUUGAAGCUCACCAAAAAUUCGAGGAUCUCGGUUCAUUCUUUCAAUCUACAACGACCCCUCACCCUAACACUUCUCACUUUCCACGAUGUCGGGACGUAUAGCUAAGGUUAUAUCGACCGAGUUGCUCGACAAUAAAGAUGCGAAAUGGCUCAAUCUUGUGAAGAUUACAUACGAAGAUGAGAAUGGCGAACCCCGCACGUGGGAGGCGAUGAAACGCUCUGGGCGGCCGAAAGACAGUAUUGUGGAUGCUGUGCAGAUGGUCGUGAUCGCUCAGAAAUCCAACGGCCCAGAACUUCUUCUAGAGAAGCAAUUCCGCGCACCGGCAGGCAAAAUCGUCAUUGAGUUUCCAGCCGGUCUCGUCGAUGAAGGCGAGACCCCUGAGGAAGCAGCUUUGCGCGAAUUACGAGAGGAAACGGGCUACAUCGGCGAAGUAGUGCUGGAUCGUGGAGGCAAACGACCUGUUCUAUUUAGUUCUCCUGCAUCUUCGGGCUCGAAGAACUUUCUUAUCCACCUCAAGGUAGACACUUCUAAAGAAGAGAAUCAAAAUCCGAAGCCUCAGCUAGAGGAUGGCGAGUUCAUCGAGACUUUCUGGGUGCCGUUGGGUGACUUGUACAAAGAAUUGAGGAAGUUGGAAUCUCAAGGAUUUGCCAUUGAUGGUAAGCUUGGCGUGUUUGCUGAAGGUCUCGAAACGUCGAAGAUGUGGUCAAUUGAAUGAAUGCCGCACUAAGCAUUGUUGUCUAAGUUUUUUUAGCAAACAAUGUCUUUGUCCGUACUUACUCAUGUCUCUUCUCAGGGGCCAUUCACAGAUAAAACUAGAAUAGAUUAAUCAAAUCAUUUCGAGAAU